AAACGGCCUUCAAUGUGGUCCAAGCUUUUUACAAUGGCACGACCGCAGCUGGCAGCGCAGAGCCAGAUAUCGAUUUUCUUAGGCAGGCUCAUAGGGCAUAGGCAUAAGGCCAGUUAUGACGGACGGCGUGGGGGGGCAAAAGUCAAUUAGGUUUCUUCACAUGCCAAAAAAAAAACUCAAGAACCAAUAACUUUACAACCAACGGUAUCACAAUUUGUCAGAUCAUGCCCAAUUCAUAACAAUUUGUCAGAUCUGGUUUAAAUCGAUCGCUCGUAUGCCCACCAAAUCAGCCAGCCUCUUUAUGCUUGAUGUCUCGGUAGUUCCCAACUUCAAAUCCAAGCAGCCAGACUUGUCUAAGUCUAGGGAGCUUCUUUUCAUAUUCCAUUAGCCACGUUGCUCUACUAGACACUAUCUUCCACAUCUACAAUACUGGAUCAUUUCAUACAUACCUAGGAUAAGUAAAUCGUAGGAAGGGUAUCCUGGUCUAGCAUGGAGAAAUAUAGCCAGUAUCGCGAUCGGGGUUCCGGCAUCUCACCCUUUAUCCCCUCCUCGACGCCGACCUCAACCCUCGCAACCCUCGUACACGGAGCGCUCUUCCUUUUCCGACUGCCGCUGUUCCUCUCCUACAGCGCCCUCUUCUUCAUCGUACUCGACCACCUACCUUCCUUUCUCAUCCCCCAGUUCCUUCGCAAGCUACUAUUAUGGACGUUGCUUGGGAUCCCGGGUAUCUGGUGGGUGGACCUUCAGCUCGACGGUGUUAAACGCGGCUCGCUCUCGCAGCAGCCGAGCUCGCGCUUCCCGGGCAACGCCGGGCGCUCCGUGAUCGCGGCCCAGUUCACGAGCCCCAUCGACGCGCUGUACCUCGCCGCCAUCUUCGACCCCAUCUUCACCGUCUCCUAUCCAAACACCCGCAAAGUCCAGCGCGUGUCCCUCCUGCGCGCCAUCCUCCUCGCCCUCGCACCACCCACCCUCACCGCCCCCCCGGCGAAGAGCCUGACGACGAUACAAUCGCUGCUAGAGCGGAACCCUCACCGCGUCAUCGCCGUCUUCCCCGAGAUGAGCACCACGAAUGGCAAGGGCAUCCUCCCCUUCUCCCCCUCCCUCCUCUCCGCCCCCGCCGACGCCAAGAUCUUCCCCGUCAGCAUGCGCUACACGCCCCCCGACAUCGCGACCCCCGUCCCCGGCGCCUACGCCGCCUUCCUCUGGAACCUUCUCAGCCGCCCCACCCACCUCAUCCGCGUGCGCAUCUCCGAGGCCGUCAACAACAACGCCUUUACCCAGGCGCCUCACAGCGGCGAAGAGUCGGUGGAUCCCGACGAGGGGGGCGCGGGCAUGCACGGCGUGGCACUCGAGCCCGAGGAGCGCGCCCUUCUUGAUCGUAUUGCGGAGACGCUGGCUAGGCUUGCGCGCAAUAAGCGGGUUGGCCUGACGCUGCGCGAUAAGCUGGCGUUUAUUGAGGCUUGGAAGAAGGGGAAGAGGUAAAUGGAAAUAUAUGUUUGGUCUACCCGCCUACCUAGCUAGCUAGCGAGGUAUAGAAUUAAGAAAACAAAAGAAACGAAAUGAAACGACAAGAAAGAAAAGGCUAGGAGGCUUAUGUGCUGCAUGAACUUUUCAUACGGAGAUUCUUCAAAGGGGAGGGAGCGUGGGAAGGCGGCUUUUAACCACAUUGUUCUAAAACAAACCACCUAGGUUAGGCAUCUAGGCAGGCAGGCAGGUAGGCAGUCAACCUUGUUUUAUUUAUUUUCCAAGAAUACCGAAUACCUACCGCAGUUUUAUUAUCUCUGGCUGUUUGCUUUGCUUUUCUUCCGGCUGGCAUUUGUCUAGAUACGUCACUAUUACAUACAUACAUACAUACAUGUGGUUGUUGUGCAUUUGGAUUUGGAUUUGGGGGGGGGUGGAGCAUGCAUUCAAUGUUGGUUGGUUUUCAACGUCUAUUGGGUAUGUACGUACCUACAGUAGGUGCCUACCCAGUACCCUACCCAAGUAAUCAGAGUCGAUCUUGCUUUGCGUGACCUUGCUUCGGCCCUUUUUUUCUCUUUCUCUUUCUCUUUUGUUGAAGGAAAUUAAAAAAAAAUUCGGGGGAUGGGGGGGUUGCGGGUGACUGGAGAGUGG